AAUAUUUUUCAGCCUUCGUCUGAGAACCAAAAAAUUUAAAAUCGAAUUAAUUUUUGACGGAGAAGUUGCCGCCAGGCCAUUAAACUUUUUUCAAUUCCCUUAUUUACACAAACCAUUCAAAAUGCGCGAAAUUGUUCAUUUACAAGCUGGCCAGUGCGGCAACCAGAUCGGUGCUAAAUUCUGGGAGGUAAUCUCCGACGAACAUGGAAUCGACCCGACAGGAACUUACCAUGGUGACUCGGACCUGCAGCUUGAACGAAUCAAUGUAUAUUACAACGAAGCUAGCGGAGGCAAAUAUGUUCCAAGAGCGGUCCUGGUUGAUUUGGAGCCAGGAACGAUGGACUCAGUAAGAGCCGGUCCGUUCGGACAGAUUUUCCGCCCAGAUAACUUUGUUUUUGGUCAGAGUGGAGCUGGAAAUAACUGGGCAAAGGGACACUAUACUGAAGGAGCGGAACUUGUAGAUUCCGUUCUGGAUGUGGUGCGAAAAGAGGCUGAGAGCUGUGAUUGCCUUCAAGGAUUUCAGAUGACCCACUCUUUGGGUGGAGGCACUGGCUCCGGCAUGGGCACAUUGCUCAUUUCUAAGAUCCGUGAAGAGUAUCCUGACCGAAUUAUGAAUACUUUCAGCGUGGUACCUUCUCCUAAAGUGUCCGACACAGUUGUGGAGCCUUAUAAUGCGACACUUUCUGUCCAUCAGCUCGUUGAAAAUACAGAUGAAACAUAUUGCAUUGACAACGAGGCUCUGUACGACAUUUGCUUUAGAACAUUGAAACUGACAACGCCAACAUACGGUGACCUGAACCAUCUCGUUUCGGCUACGAUGUCCGGUGUCACCACCUGCCUCCGGUUCCCAGGCCAGCUGAAUGCUGACCUCAGGAAACUGGCUGUGAACAUGGUGCCCUUCCCCCGUCUUCACUUCUUCAUGCCCGGUUUCGCGCCGCUCACCUCUCGCGGCAGCCAGCAGUACCGGGCGCUGACCGUGCCCGAGCUCACCCAGCAGAUGUUCGACGCCAAGAACAUGAUGGCCGCCUGUGAUCCCCGGCACGGCCGCUACCUCACCGUCGCUGCCAUCUUCCGUGGACGCAUGUCUAUGAAAGAAGUGGAUGAACAAAUGCUCAACAUUCAAAACAAAAACAGCAGUUACUUUGUCGAAUGGAUCCCAAACAACGUCAAGACUGCCGUCUGUGACAUCCCGCCCCGCGGCCUAAAAAUGUCAUCCACCUUCAUCGGCAACAGCACCGCUAUUCAGGAGCUGUUCAAACGUGUAUCAGAACAAUUCACCGCCAUGUUCCGGCGUAAGGCUUUCCUCCACUGGUACACCGGCGAGGGCAUGGACGAGAUGGAGUUCACAGAGGCCGAGAGCAACAUGAACGACCUCGUCUCCGAGUACCAGCAGUAUCAGGAUGCGACAGCCGAAGAGGAGGGAGAAUUCGACGAAGAAGAAGAGGAAGAGGGCGCCGAACAAUAGUUUCGUCACCCCCAUUUUGUCCAAAUCUCACGUGUAUCGUCCACCCAAUAAAUUUUUGUGCUGUGUGUCAAAAAUACAUUGUCUGCAACAU